GUGCCUAAUUAUUGGCGGGGGCCCUUGUGGACUGCGGCUUGCCAUUGAGUUGGCUUGUUUAGGAGCCAAAGUGGUUGUGGUGGAAAAGAGAGACACCUUCUCCCGAAACAACGUUCUGCACCUCUGGCCGUACACCAUCCACGACCUUCGAUGUCUCGGGGCCAAGAAGUUUUAUGGCAAGUUCUGCGCGGGAGCCAUUGAUCAUAUAAGUAUCUGGCAGCUGCAGCUCAUGUUGUUUAAAGAUCGCUCUUCUGCACGGUAUAGAGAUCCAUGUGAAUGUCGAAUUUGUCAAACUUCUGGAGCCGCCGGAGGAUCAAGAGAACCAAAAAGUCGCUUGGAGGGCGGAGUACCUGCCCCAGGAUCACCCCUUAUCGGACUAUGACUUUGAUGUGAUCAUCGGGGCAGACGGACGCAGGAACACCCUGGAAGGAUUUCGAAGGAAAGAAUUCCGGGGAAAACUCGCCAUCGCCAUCACAGCCAACUUCAUCAACAGAAACACGACGGCGGAAGCCAAGGUGGAGGAGAUCAGCGGCGUGGCCUUUAUCUUCAAUCAGAAAUUCUUCCAGGACUUGAAGGAAGAAACAGGGAUCGACCUCGAGAACAUUGUGUAUUACAAGGACAGCACGCAUUAUUUUGUGAUGACUGCAAAAAAGCAAAGUCUACUGGACAAGGGGGUCAUCCUGAACGAUUAUGCUGAUGCCGAGGCGUUGCUUUGUGCCGAAAACGUGGAUCAGGACAACCUGCAGUCCUACGCCCGGGAGGCCGCGGACUUCGCCACCAACUACCAGCUGCCGUCUUUGGACUUCGCCAUCAACCAUUACGGACUGCCGGACGUAGCCAUGUUUGACUUUACCUCGAUGUAUGCCUCAGAAAACGCCGCCCUGGUCAGAGAACGGCACGGACACCACCUCUUGGUGGCCCUUGUUGGAGACAGUUUACUUGAGCCUUUUUGGCCAAUGGGGACUGGUUGUGCCCGGGGAUUUUUGGCAGCCUUCGACACGGCCUGGAUGGUGAGGAGCUGGGCUCAGGGAACACCACCUCUCGAGGUCCUGGCUGAAAGGGAGAGUAUUUACCGUUUGCUACCUCAGACGACGCCAGAGAACAUUAGCAAAAACUUUGACCAGUACACGAUCGACCCUGCGAGCCGCUACCCUAACCUCAACUCCAACUGUGUACGGGGGGCAUCAGGUGAGGCAUCUCUACAUCACCAAUGAGCUACAAGGCUGUCCUUUAGAGAGAGUGAGUUCCAUCAGGAGGUCGGUCAAUCUAAGCCGCCAUGAGUCCGACGUUAGACCCAACAAACUUUUGACAUGGUGUCAGAAGCAGACGGAGGGCUACCGGAAUGUAAAUGUCACAAACCUGACCAGCUCCUGGAGAAACGGCUUGGCCCUGUGCGCCAUCAUUCACCAUUUCCGGCCGGAUCUUCUCGACUUUGACUCUUUGAACGAGGAUGACGCUGUCAGGAACAACCAGCUGGCCUUUGAUAUUGCCGAGAAGGAAUUUGGAAUCUCUCCAAUCACUACGGCCAAGGAGAUGGCAUCCAAUGAGGAACCCGAUAAGCUUAGCAUGGUCUUGUACCUCUCCAAGUUCUAUGAAUUAUUCCGAGGAGCCCCGCUGAGGCCUGUUGGUACGGAUAAUGAGAAUAAUGGGGAAGCGUUGUCUUCAAAGCCAUCAAACUUGAUAUUGAACAAUUACCUCAACUUAACAUUACCAAGAAAGAGAGUGCCAAAGAAUGAAAACAAGACAGAAGAGAAUGAUUUGAACAAGAGAAGGAGGAGGACAGCUCAGAUAUUUGAAGAGACGGGAAAUUUCGUAAGUGAAAGCAUCGGAUCUGGGAGCGAAUGCAGCGACACCAAGGAGGUCAUUAACCAGAACAAAGUCAGGUCAAUGGCGACCCAGUUGCUGGCCAAGUUUGAAGAAAACGCACCAAACACGACCAUUCGGAGACAGAAGGCUUUACCCCUCUCUGAUAAUUCCGUGCCAGAGCCUCCCCCCUGCGACCCACCUCCCGUUAACCCUCGCUUUGCUAAACCGCAGGACCCGCCCCCUCCUCCCGCGCAGCCUCCACCGACAAGACAGUUUCAGGGAAUAGCUAGGACUCCACCAGUGGUCAGACCACCGCCUUUGCCGGCCUUGGCCACUGCGGCUCCUGUGAACAGGCUGAGGGCUGCAGUGACCGUCCCCAGGGAGGCAGACCUACCAGAAGGGGGAGACUCCCUCAGCUCCACCUGUCCCUCUGCUCUUCUACUGACCGGCAUCUUGGAGCGUCUCCAACACAUCGAAGAGAAGGCCCAGCAGAAAAGGGCUCAAGCUUUAGCCAUCAGAGAUUUCCAUAAAAAGAACAUUAGGGAGAAGGCGGCCCACUUGGCCUCCAUGUUCGGCCCCUCGGACAUCCCGCAGGUGAGUAUUCUGGAGUGUUCUAAUAGUCUCCUCUCUCCUGAGUUACCCCCUCUCUCCUCUCCGAUCCCUUUCUAUGACUCUCCUGCUUCAUCUUCUCCUUCAUCUCCAUCUUCCGCUGUCUCCACCCACUGCGACGCUCAGUUUAUUCGAUUUCAGUUCUUUUCAUCAUGGAGGCUCAACAUGUGGGUGUUAGCGACGGUAGGGAACGUGUCCAGCCGAGAGUAGGAGCUGUGGCAGAAGUCCUUGUCUGCCUUUAUAUGAGCGAUCACAAAAGUAGAACGAGAUCCUCAGAGCUGAGCUCGCUGGAUGUAGGGGUGACUGAACCCUUUGCUGAAUCUCCUUCUUCUUCUCCUGUCUCUCCUUCCCAGAAGGGAUCCCUGAGGAAGGAGUUUCCUCCGAAUAUCGGUGGGAGCGACACGUGUUAUUUCUGCAAGAAGAGAGUCUAUGUGGUGGAGCGGCUGAGCGCCGAAGGACAUUUCUUCCACCGCGAGUGCUUCAAGUGUUCCUUCUGCUCCACCGUCCUCCGACUGGGGAAUUAUGUGUUCAAUAUGGAAGAGGGUAAAUUUUAUUGCCAACCUCAUUUCAUGCACUCCUUCUCCAACAACAAACAGCGAAAGCGAAGAACAGAUUCAAAACUGCAGGACGACGAUAAAACAUGGAAGAAGGAAGAAGCCAGAGCUGCGGAGAUCGUGACCGACAGUCCCUACAGCGCUGGCAGCAGCUCAGAGGACAGCUCUCCAGUUCCUUCUCACAUUCCAGUUCUACGCCCACUAGUUGGCUGA